AUGGAGCUGGGCAUCGAGGACGCGCUGUGCGGAGUGUCGACGACUACGGGGUUGUACCCAUCGGACGACGCCCUGCUCACCUCCCUGGGCCUCGCGGAGCCUUCUGGCGACUCCACCUCCUCCCAGUUCGUGGGCCUGGAGUCCACUGGCUCAGCAUCCCACAACUACCAGAAGCUUUGCCUUCUGGAGGCCAACGCUGGCGCCCAGGGAACCGUGCCAGUUAUGGAUGCCUGCCAGAUGUUGGACGUGACGGGGCUGGUGGACCCGUGUGUGAGCGGGCCCCAGUGCUUGUCCGAUGUGGUGGACUUCACACCCAUACGGAUCAAGGAGGCGUGUGAGGAGGGCCAGGCCGGGGAGGGGGGGGCCCUGCUGGGGGGCAGCCCCAAGAGCACGAUAAUGGAGCAGGAGAUGAUUCAGGGGGCGGGGAUGGGCAUCCCCCAGGUGCUGUACGGCGUGCCGAUGGACAGCAUGGUGGCCAUGUCGGAGGGCCACGCUGUGAUGAGCGAUGCCCUGGACCACGGCGGGAUGAUGGUGCCUGGCAUGAGCACGGGCAUGGAGGUGGCCUACAAUGCGUCGAUGGGGCUGCUGGAGCCGUCGCUCACGAACGGGAAGGCCAUGUGGACGAAGAGUGAGCCGGGUCAUGAGGCAGUGGGGGGUUCCAAGACCCGCUGGAAGCCCAACUCGCAGCAGCUGUGUUUGCUGGAGCAGCACUUCAAGUCCGGUUACACAAAGGCCACUCCUGAACUUUACAGCGCAGUGCAGGGUGCAGGUCCGGCAACUGAAGCACAGGUGUCUGUCUGGCUGAAGAACCGCUUGGCAAGAUGCAAAAGGCAACCAAAGCAUGCUGAGACGAAGACCUCUGGCUCUGAGGGUGGUUCUGAGGCGGAGACGGGAUCUCCUGUGUCCGGCAUCAAGCGUGAGCGGGACGAGGACGACCAGUUCGAAGACUACUUCAAGAUUCAGACAUCCAUCUUUGAGGAGCUGUCUGCGAUCAUGUCCUCUGUGGAUCCCAACGACGUGACGUCACUGGCGCGUGCCAUUCGGGAUGCUCGUGUGGUGUGCUGCUAUGGCGUUGGCCGAGAGGGCCUUGUGAUGAAGGGCCUGGCCUCCAAUCUGCACCACAUGGGUUUUGAGGCCUACACUGUGGGCGACACAAACACGCCAACUCUUGGGAAGGGUGACCUGUUCCUUGUUAGUGCUGGACCUAGCUACUACAGCACGGUGAGCGCCCUGUCUCUGGAGGCGAUGCGAUCGGGUGCGCGGGUGAUUGCCUUCACAGCCCACAAGACUGCCCCCCUGCCCUUCGCCGAGCGCGUCGUGCGCAUCGCCUCGCAGACACUGCCCCCCUGCAUGCCUGUGAUGAACCGCAAGCUCGGCGGCAUGAGCGCCGAUGUGGUGUCGUCACUGCCCGAUGGAAAGUUCAGCGUGAUGCAGAUGGGCGCCUCCUUCGAGAUGAGCCUGGCCCUCAUGAUGGAGUGCGCAUGCAUAAUGCUGCAGAAGAAGACAAAGGUCCACGUGUCCGAGAUGCGGGCGCGGCACACCAACCUGGAGUAG